AUGGAUAAGACGUUGGUCAUGUUGCUACACAAGGAUCUCCUACGUGGUGAGGGAUUCUACAACACCAUGGUCCGGUUAACCUCUGCCACUGGUGUCGACAGUGAAUCGAAUGAAGUGGGCAGGACUAAAGGCAUUUGCCUCCAGAAACUCCCUUCCGUUGACUUCCUCGACUGCUGCGACUCGGAAUGGGUCGAUUCACUCAUGAUGGAAGCUCUUAAGAAAGAUCCAACUGCUGGUCCCGGAUUCGGCAAGACCAUCGCCGCGGCUGUCGUGGUUCUUGCUAUGAAUGCCAGUAUUGACAAGCUUUUGGCGAGUGGUCCGCCCCCGACGGCAGGAUUUCACCCCUCGAAUUUGUCCAAGGAUCCGGCUGGCCCAUCUAUCGCCUCCGAACCCAGUUGCGCAUGGCUAAGGGUCAAUUCGAGAUCUGUCGCACCAAAGUCUACAGCGAUGUCGACUCUACCUACGGCACAGACUCCGAUAUCAGCCUUCCUGGCCAUCGCAUUGGUCACAUCCUGGAAGAAUCCCGUCAGCAAAUCCAAGAAGAACUUUGAUCAGAUCUAUGCCGCCCUGGACUUUUGCGCCGAUUUCGUCCAGACCAAGAAGGUCAACCCCGACGAUCUUCUCAUCAUCUCGCCAUAUGGCGCUAUCAUUAAGAUCCUGCCCGAGGGCGUCAUGGUGGUCGUCAUAACCGGCACCAAUGGGCAUGUUGGUGCUGGCUUCACGUCCGACGAGCGUCGACUCAACGUUAUGUUGAGUCGACACAAGAGUGCCCUCGUCAUCUUCAGCGACAUUGACACUGUCGAUGUCUCGGGCAAGGGCAAGCUUGCCGUGAUUGAGGGUCCCUCCGGGGAAAUGACCUUCUUCAAGGCUACCACGCUCAAGGCCGUGCAUAGCAUGAUGGUUAGGAACGGUCGAAUCGCCACGGUCAAACUGCAUCUAGUAUGA